GAGUGUUUUUUACCUACAGCUAUGGUUAAUAAAAAACAUGAAACUACUAGCUAUGAAAGUUCAUUAGACCAAAGAAACUUAAGCAAUCAAGAGUAUAAUUUAUUUGGAUUGAUCUCAGAUGAUGAAGGCUGUGAAAAUAAAAUUUAUGAUAUAAGUAAAAACAUUCAUAACAAUGACACCAGUAGUUAUACUAUUAUUCAAGAAAGAGUUCAAGAUGAAAACAUAUUGUCUGAAGGAACCACUGAUUACCCACUGGUACCAUACUCUUCAAGCGAUAGUGGUGAGAUAGUAAUAAUGACAGCGACCCUAGUUAUUUAGCGGAAGGAGAUAGUGAUACAUUAUCAGAGUUCUGAUAGCAUUAAUGAGAAAAUUAAAGACCUUGGGACGGUAGGAGAAAAUGAAGAGGUCGAAGAAGUGAACCCAAUAAAUGAAAACCAAAUCUUGUUGUACAUGCAAGCAGAAAAAGAAAGUAAACAUGAUAAAGAUGCCAGAAAGCGAGAAAAGAACAAACAAACGGCUGUGUAUGCAAGGCUUGGAAUAUUUGGGUUUUACAAAAAGGAAAGAAAAAAAUAUGUUGCAGAACAAAAAACGGGACCCAAGAAUUUUAAAACCCCCGUAUGUCAAAAAUGUGUGAAAAAUCUAAAUUAAAAAUAAACUGCUGGAAAUUCGCAGAAGAAUACUGACAGCAAAUAUUUGACACGUUUUGGAAGCAUAUGAACUGGAAACAAAGAAAGGUUUUUGUCUCCCCAAAAGAAGAAAGGGGACUUUUAAGUAUUUUUUAAACAACAAAAAUCAACAGUUACAAUUAUGUCGCACGAUGUUUACUAAUACCUUGUCAAUUGGGUAUAAAACUGUACAAUAUUGGGUAAACAAUAGCUCUCAUGGUAUGACCUUUAAAAAUACUAGCGUUUCAAUGAGCCAAGCAGUUUCAUCUAGAUACUCGGCAUUCUAUGAAUUUAUAAACAAAUUUUUUGAUGAAUUGCCCAAGCUUUCAGCUCAUUAUUGCAGAUGGAAUUCAGCAAAAGUCUACUUAGAAAAUACGUUCAAUUCAAUGAUGGAUUUUUACAAGGUUUACAAAGAGACUUGCCGCAGCCAAAAUCAAGAAAGAAAGCAAAAUAAAGACCAAUAUACAUGUUUUUCUUACAAGUAUGAGAAUGUAUCCGAACAAAGUAUAUAAUAAACAUAUUGAGCGAAAAAAAAGCAAGAAAAGGCAAAGCGGAGGAUAAGGAAAAUGUAGCAAGAGGAGAAUGUAUAGUUUUAACAAUGGAUCUUCAGGCGGUGAAGCUUUGUCCGUUUUUUCCAGCCGGUACAGUUUAUUUUAAAACAAAGCUUGUUAUCAUAAUUUCACUGUGUAUAACCUAACAUCAAGGAAAGUAAUGUGCUACUGAUUUAGUGAAGACCAAAACAACCAACUAAAGGCCUCAACUUUUACUAACAUGAUAAUUGACAAUAUUAGUGAAAACUUUUUGACUGCAACUAUUCCAAUUAUCUUGUACUCUGACG